GUCGCCGUUGCAACACCCAACGUACAGCGUUCGAUAGCACCAGAACCAGCAGAGCACAGGCGUAGAAAGCAGACAAUUGAGCGGGCAAAGGCAAACCACCUGUCGAGACAACUGCAGAUGCGACUGCAGUACGCCAAGCUCAAAGUUGAACAUGGCUGGCAACGUCAAAACCUGACCGAAGUCGAGAAUCUCUACUUCCACCACUCUGGUCGCAUAGGACGUCCCGCUGCUCCCCCGCCAAAAGUCGUCACCAUUCCCCCUGCGGAUCAGCCAAUGCUCCCAUCCGCCUUUAACUUCACCUCGGACCAGUUUCCAACGACCUCCUCUCACCUCAAGUCACCCACACCACCAGUCGCUCAACCUCCCAUAUCCUCCGACUCUGCUCGCACACCUACUCCUCAGGCGGCCGUGCAGCCCAGCUCUCAGAACCAGCCCCCUGACCACUCCUCUCGUCGCUCUGGCUCUCCGUCCCAGUCGAUCACGGACUUGCGUACUCCCACUCCACCCAUGACAACCUCGAACCUCCAGUCGCAACCGUCCGUAUCCAAACUUCCGUCUACAUCCUUACCGCCGUCAGCAUAUCAGCCCGCACCUUCAACAGGACAAAGCGUCGGUAGUGGAAAUGGCUCCCCAAACCUCACAUACGACUCCUUUUGGUCCUCGCACUCCCUCUCCAACAUGGCCCUCACCUACCGCAUGCGCACGACCACCAACUCAUCAUCCGGUGCGCCGGCCCCUUCUUCACCGCACGGAUCUGCCUCGUCUCUUCAUGCCCCUGUGGCUACGACUAACACGGGAGUCAGCACUCCAAACACGAACGGAAACUCGACGCUCCCUCCGAGCAUGGGCGCUUAUGGUGCACUCCCAGUCGCUCAGCACGCCCAGUUGUACGCUGCGAACGCGGGCAUGAUGGGCAUGCCGGGUAUGACGGGAUACGCACCCGCAGCUGUCGGUGUGCAGUCGUCUACCGGGCCAUCCGCGUCUUGAGCGUUCUGUGGAACACACGUCCGGUCUCUCCUUUUCAAUCACUUCUAUACUCGCUCAUCCUCCGUCUCUUCCUGCAUAAUCGUCCGCAUACUGUACAUCCUCCCCAUUUAACUAUGAUCGCUCUUCAUUGGCUUGCUGGAUCCAACCCCUUGGUUCGUUGUUUGCUUGCUUCCUCGAUUUGCUUAUCUCUUCACGCUCGUACGAGCCUACCUUGCUCUCUGUCACGCCCGUCCG